GUGCAGAAGCUGUGUCGAAAACAUUAAAAGAAAUGGAGGGAAGUGCAGAUCCACAGAAAAACCUUGAUGGGAAGGAGCAUGCCGAGUUGGACUUCGCUCCCUAUAUGAGCUUCCUGCCGGACGUACUCCCGCACAGAAACAGAACAACCAGUAAUGCUAUCUCCGAUGAGCUCUCGAGUGAUGAAUCGCUAGACUCCUCCACCAUCAGCUACAUUGAUAGAGGAGAAGAGCCAUCUCCAGCCAUGGCUAUGUGUAGGAUGCUAGGCAAAUUUCUGCAGCACCAGCAGAACAACCCCGUUUCCCGUCCGAGGCCCAUUUUGGGUUAUUGGAUAUCGGAGCUGAACAGCAUGCGUCCGGAAGAUGCCGCUAAAGUAGAGAAGAAAAUGACUAUGCUUCUGUGGGACGAGAAGGAAGCUUUAAACUAUUAAAUUACAUACACGUAUAAAUAAAAACAUCCACAUCUGUUGAACAUUCCAUUUAA